CAAAUAAUAUUUUCACACUUGCAAUUCAUAUCAUUUGGAUGCGUGAACAUAAUAGAUUGUGUGAUCAAUUUUAUGACAAAUAUGGUGAUUCGUGGACUGAUGAUCAAUAUUUUGAAGAGGCUAGAAAAUGGAAUAUUGCAUUUUAUCAAAAAGUAGUAACCGAAGAGUACCUUGGCAUCAUUCUUGGUAAACCACUGCCACCAUAUAAACAAUAUAAUGAGACUCUAGUACCAGGAAUUGAUCUUUUCUUCGCAACAAUAACAUUCAAAUAUGUUCACAGCGAACUCGGCAAUAAUUAUCGUAUACAAGAUGAAUUUGGAGAAUUGCUUGCAGAUCUAACAUUAGAUAACAUUUUACAAAUUCAAUUGUUGGAAAAAUUUGGAAUGGAAAGAGUGUUGAGAUCAAUGUCCCUACAACAUCAAGAAGAAUUGGAUAUUUAUUAUUCUGAUGCUAUGAGAAAUGCUACAACCAUUGAACCGCGUAUUUAUGAUAUUGCAGCUUUUGAUGUUUUAAGAGCCAGAGACAGAGGAAUUGCUUUGUAUAAUGAUGCUCGUCAAGCAUAUGGGCUAACAACAAAGAAAAGUUGGCAAGAGAUAACAUCAGUUAAAAUAUUACAAGAUUAUCUGCAACAAUUGUAUCCUAAUGGACCUAAUCAAUUAGAAACUUCUGUUGGUGCAAUAGUUGAAGAUCAUUUGGAUGGAUCAAAUUUUGGUGAAUUAAUGAGCAUUAGUAUGUUCAAUCAGUUUACUAAAAUCAGAGAUUCUGACAAAUUUUGGUGGGAGAAUGGCAACAUGUUUACUGAUGUUGAAAGAGUCACCCUUAAUAGCACAACAUUCAAAGAUAUUAUUUUACGUAAUCUGCUAGAAAAUAAACAACCAACCAUGCCACAAAAUAUUUGGACAGUUCAACCCCAAUCAAAAACCACCAAUUCUUCAUCAGCUGUUGAUGUAAAUUAUCCAAAUGAUAUUUCUGUGUGGUCAUCAUAUGUUAUUAAAUAUAGAAUUGAUGAACCUUUUAUUCAUUUCAAAGUAACUUUACAAACUGGUGAUGGUGAGGGAUGGUUUGGAAUGGGGUUUGAGCCUGAUGACAUUGGAAUGAAGGGAGCAGAUUUUGUUAUUGGCUUUGUACAGGAAAAUAAAAUUGACUUAUUCAAUUAUCGAUCAUCAUCAGCUGAUCAUUACCCACCUAAUCGUGAUGAUAAUUCAGAUUUAAUAAAUGUUACUCCAAAUGUAAGUGAUAGUCUAGCAACUAUUGAAUUCUCAAGACCAUUAUUACCUUAUGGAAGACGCGGAAUUAAGGAUGGGCUUGUUAAAU